AUGAGUGACAUUGCAAUCAUUGGAUACUCGUUCAAACUCCCGCAAGAUGUUGAGGACGAUGAUGCUUUCUGGGAUGUUCUCCAGAACCGACGAAACUUGAUGACAGGCUGGCCUGAAAGCCGUGUCAAGACAGAUUCAUUUUCCAAUAACAAGCAUCAAAAGUGGAAUGGAAAGGGAGGGCAUUUCCUCAGUGACGAUGUCGCCGCCUUUGACGCCCCUUUCUUCUCACUCACGGCGAAAGAAGCUUCGGCGAUGGAUCCGAUGCAGCGCUGGACGCUGGAAUCUACUUACCACGCUUUUGAGAAUGCGGGUCUCCCGGUUGACAGUCUCAAGGGCUCUCGCACCGCUGUCUUCUCAGCCUCUAUGCUGGAAGACUACAGCAGAAUGACGGCCGUAGACCCAGAUAACUUGGAGCGAACAGCUGUAACUGGAAGCACUGUCUCGUGUAUUAUUCCCAACCGUGUCAGCUGCUUAUCAGCUGUCGAUAUGGCCUGUAAAGCAUUAAAGAGCGGCGAUGCUUCAUGUGCUGUCGUGACCGGUGCAAACCUUCUUCUCGACCCGAGCAUCUUCCAGGUUCUAGCUAACCAAGGAUUUCUCUCGCCUGAUGGCGUUUGCUACAGCUUUGAUGAACGGGCUAACGGGUAUGCACGUGGCGAGGGAGUCAUCGCUGUAGUUCUGAAGCCUGUACAAGCAGCGAUUGAGAAUGGCGAUAUGAUUCGUGCCGUGAUUCGGUCCAUUGGCUCGAACCAGGACGGCCAUACCCCGAUUCUGACACAGCCGAGCUCGCAGUCUCAAGAGGAGCUGAUCCGUCAUGUUUACAAAAAAGCAGGUUUGCCUAUGAGCGAUACUCGCUAUGUAGAAGCUCACGGCACCGGUACACCUGUCGGUGAUCCAAUUGAGGUUAAAGCUAUUGGGAGAUGCUUCCAAGAACAUCGCUCUCACUCGGAACCACUCUAUGUCGGCUCAGUGAAAGCAAACAUAGGGCAUCUUGAGGGAGCCAGUGCACUUGCAAGUCUGGUCAAAUGCAUCUGUAAUAUGACGCGCCAUUUGAUCCACGUACCAACUCAGAUGGUCAAGUGGCCAGUUCAAGGUCUUCGCCGUGUAUCUCUCAACUCUUUCGGGUUCGGCGGCUCAAACUCGCAUAUUGUUCUCGACGAUGCACUUCAUUACUUACAGGAUCGCAGCCUCAGCGGAAUCCAUAACACGAGCCUCUUCCCAAGGCCUGUAACGAACGGCUCAGGUGUCACCAAUGGACAUGGCGCAGCUCACAUCAACGGAGCCAAUGGAACUAAUGGUGCCGUAAAUGGUUACUCAGACGUCGAACUUCACAAGCUACUAGUAUGGACUACUGCCGACGAAAAGGCAGCUAAGCGCACUCUGGAGGCUUAUGACAACUUCCACAAAGAGACGAUGUCGGGGGACCAUAAGAAGCUCGACUCUUUGGCAUUUACUCUGGGUUCACGCCGAAGUAACAUGCUUUGGAGAGCUUUUUCUGUGGUUGACGGAUCGGAAAAGAAAGCAGUGUCGCCUUCGAAGCCAAUUAGAAGCUCAGAAGAUCUUGGCCUGGCUUUUGUAUUCACAGGUCAAGGCGCCCAGUCUAUUAACAUGGGCUCGGGUCUUGAGCAUUAUGCUGUCUACCGGGAGACUCUAGAGAAGAUCAGCGAGAUUUACUCCAGCUUUGGGUGUUCUUGGAACUUAUUUGGCAAUUGCGGCGACAACAUCAACAUGCCGCAGUACAGCCAGCCGCUUGCAACCGCUGUACAGAUUGCUUUGGUCGAUCUGCUCGCCAGCUUCAGGAUUACGCCCAAGAUUGUUGUCGGCCAUUCUUCCGGUGAGAUCGCUGCAGCAUAUGCAUCAGGUGUGCUGUCUCUAGAGUCCGCUUGCAGAGUGUCCUACUUCCGUGGUGUCUUGGCUGGGAAGCUAAGAGAGACCAACGCUUCAACUCCCGGUGCCAUGCUGUCGAUUAACCUAGCGCCGCAUCACGUCUCGGAGUAUCUAGAGAAAACAGGUGUUCUUGCAAUCAACGUUGCAUGCAUCAACAGUCCUCUCAACGUCACACUCUCGGGGCCUGAAGAGGCCAUUGACAAGAUCAAAUCUCAGGCUGACCAAGAUGGCAUCUUUGCGCAGAAGCUCAAGACCGGAGUCGCGUAUCACUCGCCAUCCAUGAAAGCCAUCGCGAGCGAGUACCUUGCUGCACUUGAAGGGCUCACCAAGAGAAAGGAUGGGACUAGCAUCCCAAUGGUCUCAUCUGUUACUGGCAAAAGUAUUUCUCCAGAGACACUAUCAACUGGUCAAUACUGGGUUUACAAUAUGCUGUCACCUGUCCGAUUCGCCGAAGCAGUGCAGGCCAUUGCAAACAAGAACUCAGCACGUAAACUUGGCUUGGGUAACAUCACUGACCUGAUUGAGAUUGGCCCUCACCCAGCUCUUCGAAGGCCCGUGAAAGAAACACUGGAUGAGAUGUCGAGUGCGGCAAAGGGAGUAAGAUACAGCUAUGUCUUGCAUAGAUUCCACCCGGCAAUCCAGACCACUCUGGAACUCGCCGGACAACUGUUCUGCCAAGGCUAUCCCGUUUCAGUCUCGGCAGUCAACCAACAAAGGACGAAGGCGAAGUUUCUGGUUAACUGCCCCAAGUAUCCGUUCGACAGAUCACAGCGAUACUGGGCUGAGUCACGUCUAAGCAGAGACUUCAGGCUGCGGGAGGCUGUCAAGGGCGAGCUGCUUGGAGUGAGGGUAUCCGAUUGGAAUCCGUUGGAGCCUCGAUGGAGGAACUUCUGGAGCAUUGACUCCUCUGCCUGGACUGGAGAUCACAAGAUCAGUGAUACUGUCCUGUUUCCAGCAUCUGGUAUGCUUCUCAUGGCCAUUGAGGCCGCCCAAGACGUGGUUCCCUCAGACCGUGCUGUCUUUGGUUACAAUAUUGAGAAAGCUGAGUUUAUGAACCCCAUAAUUGUGCCAGGGACUUGGGAAGAUCGCCUUGAGACGCAAGUCUGCCUGCGAGUGGUCGAUAAACAGCUGGCUACAAAGUACUAUGUCAGCAUUUUCACUUAUUCGCACAAUGAGUGGGUUGAGUGCUUUACCGCGAACAUUUCGGUCGAAUUCCAGGACAACGACAGCAACGGGGAGCGACGAGUGAGCCACGAACACAUCCGGCGUCAAUGUCAAGAAUGUACUUUGCCUAUCGACUCUGGUGUCUUCUACCAUGAUGCAGCAGCAGUUGGACUGCAAUAUGGGGACUGGUUCCGGCUGAUGCGCAGCAUCAAGUGGGAUGGUAAGACCUCAGCCGUGGCACGCGUUGAUCUGUCACAGUCAAGGUUCAACAUCAGGAGCUUGGUUCACCCAACAGUGCUCGACCAAGCCUUCCAAGUUCUUCGAGCCAGCUCGGGCCAACAGACCGCCGCCAAUGUCCCCGUGAAACUAGAAAAUGCAUGGUUCUCUUCCAAAGCAUGGAAGACACCUACAAUUCAGUGGAUUUCUGAAGCGACUCCAACUGUCCAUGGCUACGGGGAACAGGGCAAAGUCACGGCUCUUGGUGAAGAUGGAGAGGUCCUUUGCUGUAUCGAGCGUGCAGUCACAUCUGCUGUCUCGGGCGGUAUAACCCAAAAGGAGAAGAAGCUGAUGUACUCCGUCGAGUGGAAGCCACAGUUCAGCAUGCUAGGGUCCAGUCAGCUCACACGGUUAUGCGCCGCUAAUGCGGUGCCGAAAGACGACAGCACAGUUCUGGAGAACCACUCGAGGCUCUGUCAUACACUGGAGCUCGUAGCUGCUCGUGUACUGAAAAACGUUGAUAAGUCCAGAAUUCCAGUAUACUUGCAGCGUCAUGUCGAGUGGAUGGGUCACCAUGUCGGCAAGUUGUCAGCCGAGCAUCAGGCAGAAGCAACGAAUAUCAGUGACGAGGAGCUCGAGUCUCGCCUAGCUGAGGUUGACUCUGUCCUCCCAGCGUGGAAGCUGUACACGACUUGUGCACGAAAGCUACCUGAGAUUCUAUCCGGAGAGCUAGACCCUCUACAGGUCGUCUUUGAGUCUGACCAGGCCGAUAUCUUCUACUCGGAUCUCUUCCGGAAUCUCUGCGCAGAUGGUCAAUUGAACUAUCUACUUGACCUGGCAUCGCAUGAGAACCCAGCUCUGAGGGUCCUUGAAGUCGGUGCUGGCACAGGUGGUAUGACGGGGCAUGUCAUCUCAGCUCUGCAAGAACGUGAGAUGCGCACUGGAGGAUUGGCGUUCUCGGAGUAUACCUACACUGAUAUAUCCCCAGCCUUCUUUGAGACGGCAAGCCAGAGAUGGCCAGACCUCAAGUCCCAAGGACGCAUCACCUUCAAGACACUUGAUCUGGACCGAAGAAUCGAUAGUCAAGGCUUUGAUCCAGGCUCUUAUGACUUAGUCAUCGCGGCCAGUGUGCUUCACGCAACUCCAUACCUAGAAGCCACGAUACGCAAUGUGCGAAAGGCUCUGAAGCCAGGUGGUCGUCUCAUCCUCCUCGAGGUUAUCAACCCCAAUGAUAUCGCUACCAAUUUCAUGGCUGGCCUUGUGCCAGGCUGGUGGGUUGCUCGCGAGGAGUGGAGACCCCAUUCUGCUGCUAUACCAGAGCAUCUUUGGGAUAAGUGCCUCAAGGACAAUGGAUUCUCAGGGAAUGACUUGGUGAUUCGGGACUAUCAAGAUAAUCAGUGUCAUAUUAUGAGUGUCAUCGUCACCACCGCCAGUGAACCUGAGCCGAAGUCUGAGGAAAUGGUGGGCAAAGGCCGCUUGGUCAUGCUCAUCAGUGACGACGCGUCAACGAAGGAGAGGGAGCUUGCAGAUCAAGUUCGGGCACGAAUCGAUCCUAACCUAGAGCGACGUGCAACCGUCAUUACAUUCUCGCUAACCCCAGUUCAGAGGGAGCUCGCCAAGUUGACCGCCGAGGAUGCUUUCAUCUGCUUCGCUGAAGCUGGAGACAAACCUCUGCUGUCAACUCUCUCAGAAGGGCAGUUCAGCUGCCUUCAGUUCUUGAUCAGCAGAGCCUCGAACCUUCUCUGGGUGACUUCUGCCAGCAUCAGCGACUCAAUGUGUCCAGACUAUAGUGUCGCUCAGGGCUUCUUCCGCUCCAUCCGUGCCGAGCAGCCCGAUACCCACAUUGUCACCCUAGCAAUAGACGGAGAGAUGGCUCAAGCUUCACAGGCAUGCUUCAUAUCAGAGGUCUACGAGGCAACAUUCGAGACUGAAACGCCGUCAAAUGAAGUCGAGUACGUUGUUCGAGAUGGCGUCAUCACUACAGGCCGCGCUGUUCGAGACUUCAGCACUGAUACGGCACUACGAUCUCUUGUCUCGAAACAGCUACAACAGAAGCCGUGGGGCGAGGGACCAGGGUUAAAGCUUGAUAUUAGCCAGCCAGGAUCACUCGACUCGCUUCAGUUUGUUGAGGACCAGUCCCUCGCGGAGGAACUCGGUCCUUAUGAUGUCGAGAUCGAAGCAAGGGCCUGGGGUUUCACCUCUCGCGAUCUCGACAUUGCCCUUGGUCACCCUGAUAGGCGAAUAGAAGAGUUUGGCAGUGAUUGCGUUGGUUUUGUCGCCCGAAUUGGUGAGAGCUGCAGUACCAUUCGAAUAGGAGAUCGCGUCGCUAUGGUAUCUAAUGGCUGCAUGAGGAAGUAUGCUCGCGCCAACGAAGCCCACGUCUUCAAGAUUCCCGACUCGCUCAGCAUCGAAGAUGCUGCUCAGCUCGCAUCUCCUGGCUUGGCUGCCUGCCAUUCAAUUCUCAAUGUUGCGCGCGUACAAGAGAAUAACAAGGUGUUGAUUCACUCGGCUGCAAGUAUCUUGGGUCAGAUUGCAGUCAGGCUCGCCCAGACUAUGAGUGCUCGAGUCUUUGCUACAGUGUCGACUGCUGCUGAGAAACAACUCUUAGUCGACACCAUUGGCCUGAAUACUGAUUCCAUCUUUGACAGCAACUCCCCAUCCCUGACUCAAGAUGUCAUGAGAGUCACUGAGGAAGAAGGUGUGGAUGUAUUGCUUGACUGUUCCCGGGACACACGAUACACACCACUGUCAUGCGUGACCGAUGGGGGAUGUAUCGUCAGCCUUGGUGGCCGGAACAGUUCAAUGGCUUCUACAAUGGCUGCAGAGAUCAUGUCAAGAAAUCUCACGUUCUCUUCUAUUGAUAUCAUGCGUCUAAAGCCCAAAGUCUUUAGCCAACUGGCACAAACAACACUGCAGCUCCUAGCUGAAGUUAAAAUACCACCGCCUCAACUAUUGCCGGCCUUCAAGAUAUCAGAUAUCAAAAACAGCUUCAAGAAACUGCAAGAGGAUACCAACGACCGUGUGGUGGUAACAGCAGCAGAAGAGGAUGCAGUUCCGCAAUUUGUUCAGGACCGUCGUCAAUGGACGUUCGAUGGUAAUUCCACCUAUUUAGUAGCUGGUGGGUCUGGAGGUCUCGGUCGAGCCAUUAUCAGAUGGAUGGCUGACAGAGGAGCUAAACACCUGAUUGUUCCCUCUAGAUCCGGUGCAACAUCUGAAGCAGCUGCACAUUUGGUAGCACAGCUAACAUCCCAGGGCGUUAAUAUUGCUGCUCCUAUGUGCGACGUGUCCAUCCGAGAAGAUGUGACAGUCAUGCUGGAAGAAUGUUCCCGUACCAUGCCCCCCAUCAAGGGCUGCAUCAACGCCGCCAUGGUUCUGCAAGAUGCCAUAUUCCAAAGCAACAUGACAUUCCAGCAGUGGGAACUCACUAUACGCUCAAAGGUCGACACCUCUAAGAACUUGCAUGAGCUACUCCCCAAGGAUCUCGACUUCUUCAUCCUCUUGUCGUCUCUGGCUGGUGUCGUUGGCCAGAUGGCUAGUGCAAAUUAUGCUGGUGGUUGUGCGUAUCAAGAUGCACUGGCGAAGCAUCGCAGAAUGAAUGGCCAGAGUGCACUGUCUCUUAAUAUUGGAUGGAUGAGCAACAUUGGUAUCAUUGCUGAGAAAGAGGCGUAUCAGCGUCAGAGACAGACGUCGAAUGAUAUGCAGCCUAUCGAAGACAAGGAGUUACUUGCUCUGCUCACUCUCUGUUGCGAUCCGAACAAUCCACUCGACUUACCGCCAUUGUCUGAGGGACAAGUCCUUUUCGGGCUGCGAACACCUGCGGAUAUCCUAAGUGAAGGCCACCAACCACCAGCUCUACUCGAACGACCUCUCCUCAGCGCAUUCUCAUUCUUAGCCGGCAACAACAAUACUCCAGAUCAAGCAGGUGACCACGCCGAGAACGCGAGAGAUACCUUCCAAGGGUCUUCAGAUGCUAGAGAGCGGCAGCAAGUUGUCAUACGUGCCAUAGCUGCUAAACUUGCGCGAGCCAUGUCCAUCUCGCCUGAUGAUGUUGAGCCAAGCAAGCCACUGUCGUCGUAUGGAGUUGACUCGCUGAUGGCGGUUGAGCUGAGGAAUUGGAUCAAUAAGGAGUUUAGCUCUACGGUGGCCGUGUUCGAUAUCAUUGGCAGUACAUCUAUCGCUGGGGUUGCAGAGGUCAUCGAGACGCGAAGCUCGAUUUAA